AGAGCGUGCCCGCUGCCCAAUGACAGCGCAGGAUGCUGAGAGAGGCUGCUCGGGUGAAUGGAGGCGACAAGAUGCCGUCUAGAGCGGCGAAGAAGAGGAAUUAACAUCGAUAAAGAUCUGACUUUGAUCUACUCCACCUUUUCAGACAUGAAAUAAGUCACCCAUGUGCAGUUCUAAGAGUCAGAGCAGUCUCAUUAUAACUCGCCCCUGUUAAGGACCCCUCUGGUGGCUACACCGCCGAAUCACAGGACAUGUACGGCAGUGCCAGAGCUGUAGGCCAUGUAGAGAGCAGCCCCGUACGGUCCCCGCGCCUACCAAGGUCCCCCAGACUGGGCCAUCGAAGGGCACACAGUGGGAGCGGGGGUGGUGCGGGGGGCAAGACGCUCUCCAUGGAGAACAUCCAGUCCCUCAACGCUGCCUAUGCUACUUCGGGGCCCAUGUACCUGAGUGACCACGAGGGCGUGGGCUCUACUGCCACCUACCCAAAAGGCACUAUGACUCUGGGUCGCGCCACCAGUCGGGCCAUGUAUGGGGGCCGUGUCACAGCCAUGGGCAGCAGUCCCAAUAUUGCUUCUGUGGGGCUGCCUCAUGCUGACCUUCUGUCUUACAGUGACCUGGGCUCCCUCUCCAUGCUGCACCCCCACCACCACCAGGGGGUGCCCUCUGCUCUGCUGAGGCAGGCAGUGCGGGGCAGUGGUGGGGAGCUGCUGGAGAUGCAGGCCCAGCUCAGGGAGAUGCAGAGGGAGAAUGAGAUGCUGCGACGGGAGCUUGACCUGAAGGACAGUAAGUUGGGAUCUUCCACCAACAGCAUCAAGAGUUUCUGGAGUCCUGAACUGAAGAAGGAGAGGAUAAUGAGGAAAGAAGAGGCGGCUCGUACGUCAAUCCUCAAAGAACAAAUGAGAGUCACUCAUGAGGAGAACCAGCAUCUUCAGAUGACCAUCCAAGCUCUGCAGGAUGAAUUGCGCACACAGCGAGACCUCAACCACCUGCUGCAGCAGGAGAGCGGUAACCGCUCUGGGUCUGAGCAUUUCACCACCAUUGAGCUGACAGAGGAGAACUUCCGGCGGCUACAGGCCGAACAUGACAGACAGGCCAAGGAGCUCUUCUUGCUGAGAAAGACCCUAGAGGAGAUGGAACUGAGGAUCGAGACCCAGAAACAAACUCUGGGUGCCAGAGAUGAGUCUAUUAAGAAGUUGCUUGAGAUGCUACAGAGCAAAGGGCUGCCCCCGGGCCCGGGCAGGGCGACCGAGGAGGAGGAGCAGGAGAGAGCCCGGCGCAUUGCUGAAGCAGAGGCGCAGCUGGGACACCUGGAGGUCAUUCUGGAUCAAAAGGAGAAGGAAAACAUCCAUUUGCGAGAGGAACUGCACAGAAGAAACCAACUGCAUCAGGAUCCAAGUAAAACUAAGGCCCUGCAGACCAUUAUAGAGAUGAAAGACACCAAAAUUGCCUCUCUGGAACGCAACAUUCGGGACCUGGAGGAUGAGAUUCAAAUGCUGAAGGCAAACGGCUUACUGAACACAGAGGACAGAGAAGAGGAAAUCAAACAGAUGGAGGUCUACAAGAACCACUCUAAGUUUAUGAAGACGAAGAUUGACCAGUUGAAGCAGGAGUUGUCAAAGAAAGAGUCAGAACUGCUGGCUCUGCAGACGAAGCUAGAGACCCUCAACAACCAGAACUCAGACUGCAAACAGCAUAUCGAGGUGCUCAAAGAGUCUCUCACUGCCAAGGAGCAACGUGCUGCCAUCCUGCAAACGGAGGUUGACGCUUUACGUCUACGUCUGGAGGAGAAAGAGUCCUUCUUGAACAAGAAAACCAAGCAGCUGCAGGACCUGACGGAGGAGAAGGGUACUCUCGCCGGAGAAAUCAGGGACAUGAAGGACAUGCUUGAGGUCAAAGAAAGGAAGAUUAAUGUCCUGCAGAAAAAGAUUGAGAACCUGCAGGAGCAGCUGCGGGACAAAGACAAGCAGCUGGGGAACCUCAAGGACAGGGUCAAGUCUCUGCAGACCGACUCCAGUAACACAGACACUGCCCUGGCCACCCUGGAGGAGGCGCUGUCAGAGAAGGAGAGGAUUAUUGAGCGUUUGAAGGACCAAAGGGAGAGAGAAGACAGAGAACGACUGGAAGAAGUCGAAUCAUAUAAGAAAGAGAACAAGGAAUUGAAGGAGAAGGUGAACAGCCUGCAGAUAGAACUAACAGAAAAGGAGUCCAGUCUCAUCGAUCUGAAAGAACACGCAUCAUCCCUGGCAUCCUCUGGCCUCAAGAAGGAUUCAAAGCUCAAGUCACUGGAGAUUGCAAUCGAGCAGAAAAAAGAGGAAUGUAGUAAGUUGGAGACACAGUUACAGAAGCAAGCUGAGCAGCUAUUCAGUCACAUGAACACUCCUAAAGCCCAUGAAGUGGAGCAGCAGUCGGGCUCCAGAGGGAACCCAGAGUAUGUGGACCGGGUGAAGCUGCUGGAAAAGGAGGUGAGCUACUACAAGGAUGAAGCCAAUAAGGCUCAGGCAGAGGUGGAGAGACUCCUGGACAUCCUGCGAGAAGUAGAAACCGAAAAGAAUGAUAAGGACAAGAAAAUUGCUGAGUUGGAAAGUCUAGCUCCCAGACAAGGGGGUAAAGAUCAAGUUAAAAAGGGUUCGAAUAUCAAAUUGGGGCCGCAAGGUGACAAGAAAGGCUUGGGACAGGACCCUCGUAAGGACAGCUCCAUAGAUGGUGGUCACCACUUGAAGUUGGAGGAGCUAAUGAACACGCUAGAAAGGACGAGGCAAGAGCUGGAUGCCACCAAGCAGCGUCUCUCCUCCACACAGCAGUCUUUACAGGAGAGGGACACUCACCUCACCAACAUGAGACAAGAACGCAGGAAACAGCUGGAGGAGAUCCUUGAAAUGAAACAACAAGCUCUGCUGGCAGCAAUUAGUGAGAAAGAUGCUAAUAUUGCACUGCUGGAACUGUCUGCCUCGAAUAAAAAGAAGACCCAGGAGGAGGUGCUAGCCCUCAAGAGGGAGCGGGACAAACUGAUGCACCAGCUCAAACAACAUACACAAAGCAGAAUGAAGCUGAUAGCCGACAACUAUGAAGACGAGCAAUAUCAUCCACAUGCUCCUCACCACCCCCAGCCUCAGCCCCCACAUGCUCCACCUCAGCCCCAGCCCCAGUAUCCCCACGCUCCCCACCCUCAGCAGACUCCAUAUCCACACGCCCCGCACCCGCAACAUCCGCAACACCCGCAGCACCUCCAACACCCACAGCACCCACAGGCAUCCCAGCAACACCCACACCCACAGCAGCCACAAAUGCAGUACCCUCACCCUCCUCACCAGCAACAUCCUCAGCACCCCCAACCACCUCCCCAGCACCAACAGCACCCACGCCCUCCACAGCCCCAGCACCCUCACCAACAGCACCCCCAGCAUCCUCAACAGCACCCACACGGGCAUCUGCCUCCGCAGCACCCUCACCCUCAGCACCCACACGGACCUCCACAACAGGGGCCACAUCCCCAACAUCCACACCCUCAGCACCCCCAACACCCCCAGCACCCUCAGCACCCCCAACACCCUCACCAUGCCCAACAUCCACGUCACCCGUCGCCCCACCAUCGCGGGGGACCAGCCCGAGGACCCCCGCAUGCUGGCCAUCGCCCUUCCCCGGACCAGGAUGACGAGGAGGGCAUUUGGGCAUAAUCCUUGCUGUGACAACCAAAGCUCUAAUGUUGUUUUGAGGGAUGAUUCAGUCACUACUGGAGGAGCACAGCCACGCCAUGAUGUUGUAACACUACCCAACUAAACAUUUAUUACCUCCACUCAAUCAGUACCCAGCAACGGGACCUUUUUUUCCCAGGAAGAGGAGGGGGAACUCAGGUGUGCAGGUCAUGCAUAGAGACUGACAGCU